CAAUGCCCAAUAAGCAGCUCAAGGCACAUCGAAGUAUAUUAGCUUCGCAACAACCAGACAGAGUAUUUACCGUGCAAGACCAAAAUACCUCCCUCCCCUUCCAACCAUGUCUAGGUCGGUGGAACCUCUUAUUGUGGGGCGGGUGAUUGGAGAAGUUCUUGAUACAUUUAACCCAUGUGUGAAGAUGGUAACGACCUAUAACUCCAACAAGCUUGUCUUCAAUGGCCAUGAGCUCUACCCAUCAGCGGUUGUAUCUAAACCACGAGUAGAGGUCCAAGGGGGUGACUUGCGUUCCAUGUUCACACUUGUUAUGACAGACCCUGAUGUGCCAGGGCCAAGUGAUCCAUAUCUAAGGGAGCACCUUCACUGGAUUGUUACUGAUAUACCUGGGACAACAGAUGCUUCUUUUGGACGGGAAGUCAUAAGCUAUGAGAGCCCAAAGCCCAACAUAGGCAUCCACAGGUUCAUUUUUGUGCUCUUCAAGCAGAAGCGAAGGCAGACUGUAACUGUGCCUUCCUUCAGGGAUCAUUUCAACACCCGUCAGUUUGCUGCGGAGAAUGACCUCGGCCUCCCUGUGGCAGCUGUCUACUUCAACUGUCAGAGAGAGACUGCUGCCAGGAGGCGCUGAAAAUCCAGCUCUCGUUGUCCCAGUUAUGACAAAUAAAGGCCUAUGGAGUUCCAAUCUUCUUUUCGAAGUGGAUACUCGUCUGCUACAUUACUUGCUCGUGAACCAAUGCUUCCUUGCCACAUUACUUGCUCAUGGAUCUACAAAUAAAUCAAAUGCAUUUUGCAGAUUGUAUUAGAAUUAGAUUGUUUUGUAAGCAGUAAGAUUGAUAAUCAUGUUGACAAAUGCCAGUGCAGCAAGUGGUCCAUGUUUGUGGUUC